UCACGUUUGGGUAAAAUACAAAAAAUUAUACAGUUUAGCCAUUCAUUUAGAUGAGCUUUUCGUUAACAAUUCGUUGUGACUUUUGUGCAAGAAAAAUUCAAAAUUUACCGUUAUAAUGCUAAAGAGACCUGCGUUCGUUCAUCGGUGCCUGCAGACAUCUUUUAAAAGGGGCAACCCUCUAAAUGUUCUUGGGCAUUUAAGGAAAAAGGUAAUUUGCAAGCCCGAAAGCCAACCUAGUCAAAAGCCUAAGAAAUUUGAAGACGCUUCGAUCGGAGUGAUUCACAUCAUCAAGAACGAAUACUAUGCAAUCACCAACCCCAUGCACCGAAAAUUCCUGGACGAUCUGGAGCAGCAGAAAGACCAGAGGAACAAAUUAAACCGUUCGUUGAAGGAAGAAAGGCGUGACGAUCUCCAAAAGAUGGUAAAAGAAUGCCAAAAACUAGUCAAAGAGAUCACCAUGCAAGGUAAGGAUAGCGAUGUUAAGAAGGUCUGCAAGGAACUAGCCCAAAAAGAGAAGAGCGAAAAGGAAAAAAUAAAGAAAAGGUGCCGGGAGCUGGCAGCUAGAGAGAAAUGUGAAAAGGAUCAGCUGAAAAAGAAGUGCAAGGAGUUGCGGAAAAAAGAUAAGUGCAAGAAGAAAGUUGUUUGCGAAGUAGAAGAACCUUGUGAGGAACAAGAUCCUUGCGAGAAAUGCUGUUGCCCUUGUGCCAAAAAACCCAAGAAAGUCGACCCCUGCAAGAAAAAAGAUCCUUGCAAAAAAGAGGAUCCGUGCAAAAAGAAGAAGGUGGAUUGGAAGAAAAAAUGCAAGGAAGUAGCCAAGAGGGAACAAUGCAAAAAGUUGGCCGAAAAGGAAAAGUUCCAGAAAAUGAUAAAGCAAUGCAAAAAACUUGCCGAAAAGGAGAAAUGCAGAAAAAUGGCCGAGAAAGAAAAAUGCAGGAAAAAGGCUAAAAAGGGGAAAAAGGACAAGUAAAAAAAGUAAAUAACCUAUUGAAACUAGAGCGGAUUCAUAAUCAAAAAUAUCGAACUUUGGGACAUUUUUGAUUCAAAUGAAAGUGCGAUUUUUGUUAAUAAAAACUUUGCCAAUCUGGUUCUUCA